CCCCGCGCCAGCGUCACCUAAUUGUCGCACCCGCCGCACGAAACCGGCAAGGCCAGGCCGUCACAGGAUGCGUCCUUAUGGGGUGACGAGCCCCGCUCGGUUGACUUCCCCGACGCGAAACCGACGACCUCUGUUGCUUCGCCUCCCUCUCCGCCUCUCGCCGACGGCAGGCGAUUGGAGCGUCGUCGUCCUUCGCUUGUCCUCCGCCGCCCGAUCACACCUAGAUUCGCCUCCCGAUGGCUCCCUACCGUCGGAUCCUCUCCGGGGACGACCACCCGGCGCCUCCUCCGCUUUCUCGCGACGGACACUCGGGGCUCCCCUUCACCCACAUCAUACUGAUCGCGGCUGCCGUCUUCGCCGGCGUCCUUCUCUUCUUCACCUACUACGCUGUCCUCCGCCGACGGCGCCGCCCCUUCGGCGCCGCUACAGCGGGUGUGGGGCCGGAAUACGACGAUGCUGCGUCGCUUGACGACGGGGAGCCGUUCCACCAUGUGUGGUACAUCCGGACCGUCGGGCUCGACGAGUCCACCAUUGGUUCCAUCGCGGUGGCUGAGUUCAAGGCUGGCGAUGGCCUCCUCGACGGCGCCUCCGACUGCUCCGUCUGCCUCGGCGAGUUCCGCGACGGGGAGCUGGUCCGUUUGCUCCCCAAGUGCGGCCAUGCGUUCCACAUUUCCUGUAUCGAUACCUGGCUCCGGGAUCACGCUAAUUGCCCCCUUUGCCGGUCUCACAUCGUCGAUCCCGACGCCGAACCUGCGAUCCCAGCUGCUGCCCCAGCCCUUCCUACCGCUGCCGCCGGUGAGUCAGUGGACUUGGACUCUGGCUCCUUUGCUCCGGUGGAGACUUCCCAGAUGGGAAUCCAAGCACUGGAGGAGGAGGAGGACGGAGGAGGACCGGGGAGCGUAAUUGAAAUUGGGAUUCCGGUCAAUUCCCUGCAAGUGUUUGAUUCAUGGUCUGAAAGUUCUGUGUCGCGUGUGCAGAGUGAUCUGGUGGAAUGUGGAUUACAGCCGGUUUGGCGAUCGGUUUCCAUGGACACUCCAUCGAUGGAUGCUGUCAUCUUCCGAGUGAGGCCAGAAGAAGGUCCCAUUGAUGAGGAGGGGGAAGAUCUGAAUUUUGAGAAAGACAGCAUGCCCAAUAACAGAGGAAAGCAGGGGAAUUCCUCCAAUGGGGUUGAGGACCAAAAGGAUGAUUCCGGUAUAGGAAGAUCAUUAUCUAGCAGUGGGAGAGGGUUCUUCUUCUCAAGACAUGGACGAGUUAAUAGAAUCCACAGUAUGCCUCUAUAAGCGGGUAUUUUCUUUGUCUUGAGUUGGUAGCAUCUGAGAAUUUUGAAUAACUUACUGGUCCGAGGCAUGUCAGGAGCUGCUUGAUUCUAUUUAUGAAACUCAUGAAAGGGUUUCAGAAUGUUAACUUUCCUGGUGGACUCAAAUUGACAGUAAUGAAAAUAAGUGCAUCUUUGGUUUUA